AUGAUGAAGCCGUUAAGUAUGAUUUUAUAUCCUCACAAGUUUUUUUUGAAUACAGUAAAAUGUAUGCUUGCUGCUCAUAUAUAUAGUUUUAAUGUAGAACUUAGUGAAGACUUUUUAUUUACUAGAACAUUUGAUAUCGAGAAAAGUUUAAUAAUUAAUAAGAAGCCAUUAUUAAUAUAUGAUAAUAAAUAUGUAAGUUCAACUAAAGCUAUAUGUUUUUUAUUUCAUCGUUUACGAAAUAAAAGUAAGAAAUCAUUUGAUGAGAACCUUAGUUAUUAUUUAGGUUGGUUAGAAUGGAGUGAUCUUUUAGAGAAACACAUAGAAGUGUUAAAUAAGAAGAAUAUAAUAGAAAGUUUAGAUGAAUUAGAAUUAUAUUUAAGUGAAAAUAAAAAUAAGAAUAAAUGUUUUAUUAACAAUGAUGAUGAAAAUGUUGAGAACAAAUUAAGUUUAGCUGAUGUGUUUGUAUAUACAUCGUUAAAACAUUCAUGUAUAGAAAUAUGUAAAGAGAGUUGGGUUCAUAUAAAUGAAUAUAUUGAAAAGAUUAAUAAUUUAGAAGAAAUACAAAAAGUAAUAAAGAAUGUAGAAGAAAUAUAUAAAUAUAAAAAUAUAUAUAGUGUAUUUAUAUCUAAAAUCCAUGAUAAGAAUGUUAAUGAAUAUUUAAAAAAUGAAACGUUUUAUAUAACAACAGCUAUUAAUUAUGUAAAUGGUGAUCCACAUAUAGGACACGCAUAUGAAAUAGUAUUAGCAGAUGCAAUUGCUAGAUAUCAUAAAAUUAUCGGACGAGAUACCUUUUUUACAACAGGUGCAGAUGAACAUGGCCUAAAAAUAGCUAACCAGGCUGCAAAAAACAACUUGACACCUCAAGAAUUAUGUGAUAAGAAUGUAUUAAAAUUUCAAAACUUGAAUAAAUUGUUAUAUGUAGAGAAUGAUUAUUAUGUUAGGACAACGCGAGAUUUACAUAAAAAGAUUGCUCAAGAGGUAUGGGAAAAAUGUGAAAAGAAUGGUGAUAUUUAUUUAGGUGAGUAUGAAGGAUGGUAUAAUGUUAGAGAAGAGACGUAUAUACCAGAAAAUGAAGCAAAAUUGAUGAAUUAUAUUGAUCCCUUAAAUAAUAUAAAAUUAGAAAAAAUGAAAGAGCCAUCAUAUUUUUUUAAAAUGUCAAAAUAUCAGGAUAAAUUAAUAGAAUAUAUACAAUCUAAUCCUGAUUAUAUUCAACCUGAACAAAAAAGAAAUGAAAUCUUACAAAGGCUUAAGGAACCUUUAGCUGAUUUAUCAUGUAGUCGUACAAAAUUUACAUGGGGUAUCCAAGUACCUAGUGAUCCUAAACAUGUAAUGUAUGUGUGGAUGGAUGCUUUAAUAAAUUAUUAUUCAAAUUGUUUUAUUGAUGAUGAAAAGAAAAAAUAUUGGCCAGCAAAUGUACAUAUUAUAGGUAAAGAUAUAACAUGGUUUCAUACAGUUAUAUUUCCAACCAUAUUAUUAUCAGCUAAUAUACCUUUAUCAAAAAGUGUAUUUUCACAUGGAUUUGUAUUAGCUGCAGAUGGAAAGAAAAUGUCCAAAUCUUUAGGAAAUGUAAUAGAUCCAUUAGAAAUCAUUGAUAAAUAUGGAGCUGAUGCAUUUAGAUAUCAUGUUAUUAAAGAAACUAAAAGAGGAUGUGACACAAGAUUUGAUGUUGAUAAUUUAGUAGAUAUGUGUAAUUCUGAUUUAGCUGAUACAAUAGGAAAUUUAAUUCAAAGGACUUUAUCCUUAUGUCAAUUAUCUAAUGAAUCUAAAAUACCUGGAUUCUUUCCAGAGUACGAAAUACAUUUACCUAUUGAUAUUUUACAUUUUAUUAAUAGAGUAGAAUAUCAUAUGAAAACCUUUUGUGUUCAAAAAUGUUGUGAGAAAAGUGUUCAAGUUUGUAAAGAUUUAAAUAAAUUCUUAACAGAUAUGGCACCAUGGAAAUAUAAAGAUGAUAUGAAAAAUAAAAAGUUACAUAUUAUUAGGAUUAUGUUGGAGGCUAUAUAUUUUAUAGCACAUUAUUUGGAUAUUUUUGUACCCUCUCUAUCUCAUAAAAUUUUUGAAAAAUUAAAUACACCCAAAAGGGUAAUUGCAGAUUUGUCCCCUUGGCUUAACAAUUUAACUGAAGGAGUUGUAAUAAAUAAUGAUAAUAUUUUAUUUAAAAAAUUUGAAGUAGAAUCAGCCAAAAUUAAAAUGCAAAAGGUAAUUAUGAGGGUAUGUAAAAUUGUUGAUAUAAUUAACACUGAGUCCUCACAUAAUACAACAAUUUGUGAAAUAGAUGUAGAUAAUGAAAAAAUAACAGCUGUUCUUAAUCUACCAUAUAAUAAUAAUAAUAAUAAUAACAAACUUGUUAAUUUAUUAACUGUUGCAAUUUUGAAUGUUAAACCACUUACCAUUAAUAAUAUAACCGUUAAUGCAAUAAUACCACAUGUACGUAAAGAAAUAUUUACAUUUCCAAUAGAAGAAAGAAUUCCCACAGGAACUUUAAUUCAAGCAAAAGAUUACAAAACACUUGUUAAGCAAAGAGAUAAUUUAACCAAAAAAGAAGUAGCUUCAUUGGAUAUAUCUGUUAUAAAUAAUAAGUGUUUUUUUGAGAAGAACAUUCCUUUAGUUUUUGCUUCUAAUGAAGAUAAGCAGGUUUAUCAUUCAACUCAAGCCAAUGGUUCCCUCACUUUUUUUUAA